AUGCUGCCCUGGCGCCGGAGCAAGUUCGUGCUGGUGGAAAAUGACCGUAAGUGCAAAGGCAAGAGCCUGGGGCCGGGGCUGAGCUACGCGGCGUUGCUGGCCGGUUUCCUGCGCUCCUGCCCGGAUCUCCUGCCCGACUGCCCUCUGGAGCGCCUGGGCAGCGUGUUCCGCGGCAAACGCCAGACGGUGGAGCUGAAUAAGGAGGAUCCCACGUACACGGUGAGGUACCUGGGCAACGCCGUCACCCUGCAGGCCAAAGGCGAGGGCUGCACGGAGGAAGCGGUGGGCAAGAUCUGGGCCAAGAGCGACGCCGGGGCCGGAGGGGCCAAGAUGAAGCUGACGUUGGCUCACGGGAUCCGUAUGAGCCCGUGUGAGAAGGGAGCCCGGCGGCCGGGCCACGCGUACCUCCUGCACCGCAUCACCUACUGCGCCGCCGACCGCCGCCACCCCAAGGUGUUCGCUUGGGUUUACCGGCACCAGGUGAAGAACAAGGCGGUUGUGCUGCGUUGCCACGCCGUCCUGGUCAAAGCUGACAAAGCCCGUGCUAUGGCCUUGCUGCUUUACCAAACCUCUUCCUCGGCCUUCAACGAGUUCAAACGCCUCAAGAGGCAGAACGAUUUCCGCCACGUCCGCCAGCAGCUGCUGGGAGACGCCAUGGUGCCGCUGGUGCCCCUCCGCAAGCUGCUCAACGCCAAGUGUCCCUAUCGGCCGCCCGCUGACAGGGCUCGCUGCGCCCCUCGCCUCGGCUCCAUCCUGGAGGAGGAGGAGGACGAGGCCUUCGGCAGCGGGGCGGCCUGUGGGGAUGGCGGCGGCCCCGGGGAACGCGCCGCCGUGCUGCGGCUGGCCAGGGAGAUGAGGGGCUGCAGCCUGCGCGGGACGCGGCCGCCGCUGUGCUGA